UUUGGGUUAUGCCUUUGCUCCCUGUUGCUGCUCAACCCCUCUCUCUUUCUUUCUCUCACUUCGUCUUUCUCUCUCUAAAAUCUCAGGGCUCGGAUUGUGCCCUUUUGACAAGCCUCUGCUCUUUGAUUCCAGUGAGUGUUAUUACAAGAGAAGUGUUAUCGAAACAUUUCUUGGUCAGGGAAUGGCUGGGAUUGUGAGUGAGGAGUCCGGAGUGGGAAAGUCUGUGGAGGGAAUUUCAAGUGGGCAGCGUUGUCAAUCCGGGGAAGCAUUGGCUGAGUGGCGGUCUUCAGAGCAGGUGGAGAAUGGAAUCACGUCUACUUCUCCCCCUUACUGGGACACUGGUGAUGAAGACGAUGAUGGACCAAAACCUUCUGAUUUGUAUGGAAGAUAUACAUGGACGAUAGAAAAGUUUUCUCAGAUUACCAAAAGGGAACUUCGCAGUAAUGCAUUUGACGUUGGCGGCUUCAAAUGGUAUAUUUUAAUUUAUCCACAAGGCUGUGAUGUUUGCAAUCAUCUCUCGCUGUUUCUUUGUGUAGCUAAUCAUGACAAACUUCUUCCAGGAUGGAGUCAUUUUGCACAAUUUACAAUAGCUGUGGUCAAUAAAGACCCGAAGAAAUCAAAAUAUUCUGAUACAUUACAUCGAUUUUGGAAGAAGGAACAUGACUGGGGAUGGAAAAAGUUUAUGGAGCUGUCAAAGGUGUAUGAUGGAUUUGUAGACUCUUCUGACAACCUGAUAAUAAAAGCUCAAGUUCAAGUCAUCAGGGAGAAAUCAGACAGGCCUUUUCGUUGUCUUGACUGUCAGUAUAGGAGAGAACUUGUUAGGGUAUAUUUGACAAAUGUAGAACAAAUUUGUCGGCGUUUUGUGGAGGAGAGAAGAAGCAAGCUUGUGAAGUUGAUAGAGGAUAAAGCUAGGUGGUCGAGUUUCUUUGCUUUCUGGCGGGAAAUUGACCAAACUUCUAGGUGCGAAAUGUCUAGAGAGAAGACAGAUGUAAUUUUGAAAGUAGUUGUGAAACACUUCUUUAUAGAGAAAGAAGUUACUUCUACUUUGGUGAUGGAUUCCUUGUAUAGUGGAUUGAAGGCUCUUGAAGGACAGACUAUGUGCAAGAAAGGUAGGGUAAAAUUGUUGGACGCUGAAGAAAUACCAGCACCUAUUGUUCAUGUGGAGAAAGAUAUGUUUGUACUGGUGGAUGAUGUUUUACUGCUACUUGAAAGGGCUGCUAUAGAACCACUGCCUCCGAAAGAUGAGAAGGGUCCUCAAAAUCGUACAAAGGAUGGAAACUCUGGGGAGGACUUCAAUAAAGAUUCUAUAGAGCGCGAUGAAAGGCGUCUCACAGAAUUGGGACGUAGGACUUUGGAAAUAUUUGUCCUUGCCCACAUAUUCAGCAAUAAAAUUGAGGUUGCCUACCAGGAAGCUGUUGCUUUUAAGAGACAAGAAGAACUCAUUCGUGAAGAAGCUGAAAGUGAUCAGAAAGCAAAACGUGGGGUCAAUGAGAGGGAAAAAAAGUCAAAGAAAAAACAGGCCAAACAAAAACGGAACAGUCGCAAAGGAAAGGAUAAAGGGCGGGAGGAGAGGACUACUGUGUCUGUACAUGACAAGAUCCUAGAAGAUAACAGCGUUGAUGAGAAAAAGGAUUCUAACAUGGAGGAAGCUCAAACUAUGUCUGAAAAGCCUGAUGCCAUGGAAGAUGUUUCUGAUGUGUCUGACUCCGUGGACGGAGUUGCUGAAAUGCUUCAGCCUGAUUCAGAAGACAGAGAUGCUACCCCUGUUAACUGGGAUACUGAUGCUUCAGAAGUUCAUCCUCCAACUGAGGCGAGUAACAAUGGCAUAGGUGGUGUUUCAUCAAUACAAAAUGGAAUGUCUGAGAAAAGGAGCAGUUCGGUUAUAGAUGAUAGUUCUUCAACAUGUUCUACUGAUUCUUUGCCAUCAGUAGUCAUGAAUGACCCCUACAAGGGAAACUCUUUUUCAAAUUAUAAAGUCCAAAAGUCACCUAGCAAAGGUAAGAACCGAGGUAAAGCAUCGUGUGAUGUGGGAAUUUGGACAAAUGAAAUAGGUAGUCAGUCAUCUGGAUCUGCAGCAGAUGCUGGGGAUAUUAACGAUGAGUCCGGAAGUGGUAAGGUUGGGGAAUCUGAAUCUGAGGGUUCUGUAGUCUGCUUGCAGGAUCGGUUGAAGUGGGCUGAGCAGCAUGUUGUCAGAAAGGAAGAGGAGGUUCUUUCACUUGAAAAGAAACCGAGCAUCAAAGACCAAGUUGAGAUAGAGACACCUGUUGACAAUGAAAGCCUACAGAAAGAGAAGAUAUCAGUUGUGCCACCCUCACCCAUAAGUCCUACUAGAAACUUAUCCUCGUCUGUUCAAAUGAAGUUGGAACACAAGACUAGUGCUACUGUAGAUCCUUUUCAUGUCAGGAAAACAUCUUCAAGUAGCUCGCAACAGACUGAUAAAGAUCCAUCUUCACCUUUUACUUCUGCUUCACAUGUUACAACUGUGUCCAAAACUGAGAUCCAGAAGACUUCAACUCCAAGAUUAACUGAAAGAUCCAUGGUGCAAGUGCCUAUGAUGUCAAGACCUUCAAGUGCUCCUUUAGUUCCUGGUCCCAGGCCAACUGCUCCCGUUGCCUCUAUGGUUCAAACGGCUCCCCUACUUGCACGCUCGGUGAGUGCAGUUGGGAGGUUGGGUCCUGAUCCCUCACCUGCUACUCAUAGUUAUGUUCCUCAAUCCUACAGAAAUGCGAUCAUGGGGAACCCUGUGGCCUCAAAUGCUGCCAGUCUGACCCACUCCAGCUCCUCAAGUUCAGGAGUAAACCCAUCACCUGGCUAUUGUCAACCAUCUUCCUUGGUGUCAUCACCAAUAUUUUUAUCCCAGAGCUCUGAUAGAAUGGACUCUAAUGCUGGCCACUCUGGUGUUCCCUUUGGCAUGAUUACACGGGAUGUUUUACAGAAUGGUCCCCAAUGGAUUGAUAGUUCUCAAAGGGAAUCGAGCAGAAACAUGCACUAUGAUCAACCCUAUGGGCUUAAUGAUGUUCAGAACCAUGACUUGUACAGGCCAGUACACAGUAGAUCUAUGGGCAACAUGUCAACAGAGUUCUCAGCCUGCACAUCAGGUCGUCAGAACCAAGGGUUGUUGGUGGAUGAGUUCCCACACCUUGACAUCAUAAAUGACCUGCUCGAUGAUGAACAUGGUAUUGGGAAGACCACUCGGGCAAGUUCAGUAUUCCAUUCUCUGAAUAACGGACCCCAGUCGCUAAAUCGACAGUUAACUUUUCCUGGAGACUGGGGUGCAAAUGAUGAUUUGGGAUCCUCAACCAGUUCUUGCAGGUUCGAGCGAUCUCAAAGUUAUCAUCAUGAUCAUGGAUUUCAACGAGGGUAUAACUCGUCUGGUGGGCAUUUUGAUUCAGUGAGGGAUUAUAUUCCACAACAGAUGAGUAGUGUACCUUACGUCAACGGGCAGGUUGAUGGGUUGAUUCCAAACCAAUGGCAGGUGGCUGGUUCUGAUCUGUUGUAUCUAGGCAUGAGAAACACAGAGAAUGAUGGUUAUGCAUACUAUCCAGAUUACUCAAAUAUGGCAUGUGGUGUCAAUGGUUAUACUGUAUUCAGGCCGUCAAAUGGUCCGUAGAGGGAAACGAUUUCGAAGCGUGCCCACAAAUAAGUGGUUGCCAACAAAUGUAGUAAUGUUUUGAGGAAAUUAUUGGGUCUAUUUAGAUUGGAGUGAGUUUGUAAUCUCUUGAUAAGCAAAACAUUUUGUAAAGAGUGUUUUGAGUUAUUGCUUCCAGCUUUUUUUAUGCAUAUCUUGGCCUUCUAGGAUUAUGGAUGAAUAGUGAUGAGUUUUGAACACUUAUGUCGUAAUAAAUUAAGCUUACCAUGCGUCCCCUCAAUGUAGAUGCAUGCCGUACAAUUUGUACCAAAGGCUGUAACCACUUUUGA